CUCGGUCUUCUGCGUCGUGAACGAGCACGUCGAAACGACGUUGACGUGAGGCUUCAAGAUGGCGGAAGCCUUGACGAGUCAGGAGGAACUGGCGGUGGAGGAGUUCCUGAGUGAGGUGCGUAGCAGGGAACAUCCCCACAGUGCUGCUCUGGUCUCUCAGCCGACCGCCGUCAAGUUCCUCAUGGCGCGCAAGUUUGAUGUCUCCCGAGCAACAGACCUCUUCCAGGCAUACAAGAACACGAGGAUUAAGGAGGGCAUCUUCAACAUUAACCCAGAAGAGGAACCUCUCCGUUCUGAACUGCUCAGCGGAAAGUUCACCGUCCUGCCUGGUCGUGAUGCUAAGGGUGCUGCUCUGGCUCUGUUCACCGCUCGUCUCCACCGCUCUGACGUCACUACCCAUAGGGCUGUGCUGCAGGCCAUCAUCUUUCAGCUGGACAAAGCCAUCGAGAGUGUUGACACCCAGAGAGAUGGUUUAAUAUUCAUCUAUGACAUGACCAACUCCAGCUAUGGGAACUUUGACUAUGAGCUCUGUGUCAAGAUCCUCGACCUCCUCAAGGGUGCGUUCCCAGCGCGUCUGAAGUGUGUGUUCAUCGUGUCGUCUCCUCUCUGGUUCAGAGCUCCCUUCGCCGUCCUCAGACUCUUCGUACGUGAGAAGCUGAGAGAGAGGGUGUGUACAGUGAAGGCCCACGAGCUGUCCAAUUACAUCCCAGUCUCUUCUCUUCCGGAACACCUGGACGGAACCUCCCGGUACAGCCACGUUGCCUGGAUACAGUCCUGCGUCAACACACACACCGCCCCAGGCGACGCGCACACACACCCGCACGACACACACGACUGCGUGGGCAGCCUGUUGCUCUCGUACAGCCUGGAGCCACACAACGCUAACGCCGCCGCUACGUUGGCCGCUACGCAAACCUCCAUAGACUCCCACUCAGAUUCGCCGCUGCUGUUAGCCUCCGAGCUAGCGUUAGCGGCUACGGCUAACUCCAACUGCUACGACGACAGUAAUGCUAACCCACACGUCCACUGUGGUACAGUGAACGGCAGGACUCGAGGCCGGGCCCAGAACAGCCCCCAGAGCUCUGGACCACAGAGGAAUCACCAACAUUGGAACGGGUCUGCCCGUAGCUACGGUGUCAAGGCAGGGUUGGGGGUUAAUACCGUUGUUGGGGUUGUUAGCGGCGCUAGCCCCAAUGCUAACAGCGUGAAUGGUCGCCAGCCCCCUCCCCAGUCGGACACGCCCCCGGACACACCCCUCCACCACAAAGUAGUAGGAAUUACGAUGAGUGACGGGUCAGAAACCCUCGACGACGGAACAGCGAACGAGGAAGAGCAGGAAGGAGAGGAGGAAGAGGAUGAGGUAGAUGGGGUGCCUCCUCUCCCUCAGAAGUCUCUCCCACGCCACCCUCAACCCCCGCCGUCCCAGUGCCCCUCACUCAGCGGCGCGUCACAGCCGGACGAGGACCCUUGUCCCCAGGAAGAGGUGUCCGUACACAUGCCUGACGGGGUAGGGAUGAACGUGUUGGAGCUGGUGGAGCACGUGAAGAAGAGGAAGAAGAAAGGAAUCUACCAGGAGUAUGAAGAGAUACGCAAGGAGCCUCCUACUGGUAGCUUUGACUACAGCAAAAAGCUGUCCAAUCAGAUCAAGAACAGGUACAGUGAUGUCCUCUGUCUGGACCAAUCACGUGUCAGACUCUGCCAGCUCUGUGAUGAUGAGGACGAGACGUCAGACUACAUCAAUGCUAGUCUUAUGGACGGCUACAAGAGGAGCAACGCUUAUAUCGCAACUCAGGGUCCUCUGCCGAAGACGUUUGGUGAUUUCUGGCGCAUGGUGUGGGAGCAGAUGGUGCUGAUAGUUGUCAUGACUACCAGGGUGGUAGAGCGAGGGAGAGUAAAGUGUGGUCAGUACUGGCCGAAAGAGGAGGGGGACAACGGAGCAGCAUGGACACUUCCUGGUUAGGAACACAUCCAUCCAGCUAUAUCAGGACUUCAGACUGUCUCACCUGGAACUAUACAACAGCCAGGUACACACACACACACACACA